GAGGUUGGCUGGCGCCACCGCGGCACAACGCCAGCGUCCAACUCCGAGAAUUGGUAUGUCUGAUCACCGCGCGCAUCUUAGAAAGCAUUCGUAUUUUUCCAUGGAAGAACAAAUACAGAAAGGAAGAUCCUAAGCGAUCUUAGUGCAUUUUCUUCUUUGACUUCUUCGUCUUCGUCUAUAUCUUUUCUUUCCCCUAUUAUUUGGGUAUUACAAGGUAGAGAUGGAUAAAGUGAAAAGUCUGUUGAAACCCAAGCCAAAUCCACAGCAGCAAUUGAGAGAUUGGCAGAGGCGACUCAAGCAAGAGUGCCGCAAUAUCGAGCGCCAAAUCCGAGAUGUGCAGAGAGAGGAGAAGAGUGUACAGAAAGCGAUUAGAGAAGCUGCCAAGAGAAACGACAUGGUCUCAGCAAAGGCACUUGCUAAGGAAAUUGUGAGAUCAAGAAAGGCUGUGAACCGUCUUCAUGAGAAUAAGGCACAGAUGAAUUCAAUUGCAAUGCACCUCGGGGAAAAUGUUGCAAUUGCUCGAACAGUGGGUCAUUUAUCAAAAAGUGCAGAAGUCAUGAAGCUUGUUAAUAACCUCAUGAAAGCUCCUGAAAUGGCUGCUACGAUGCAAGAAUUUAGUAAAGAAAUGACCAAGGCAGGAGUCAUUGAAGAGAUUGUGAAUGAUGCUGUUGACACGGCACUUGAUUCAGAAGAUAUAGAAGAGGAGACUGAAGAAGAAGUUGACAAAGUUUUGACAGAAAUAGCUGGUGAGACUGCUGCACAACUCCCAGAAGCAGUCAGGAGAGAGAGGAUAAAGCAACCUGCACAGACAGUGAGAGCUGCCCAAGAGGAAGCUAUAGCUGAGGGGGCUGACGAUGAGGAAGAGCUGGAAGAAAUAAGGGAAAGGCUGGCUAGAGUGAGGUCAUAGCUGGCUACAUGCAUGUUGGGUUUGUACUUUAUUAACUUGGGGUCAAGCUAUUUCCUAGUUGGUGGAUGAUGUCUUUCCAAACUGUUAACAGGCAGUUGAUCCUAGCUUCUGAAAUUAUCAGGGAAAAGAAUUAGAUGUAUAAUAGUUCAUGUUCAGAUGUGCUUAAGCUACAUAUAUUCUAGUUAAUACAACUCAAUCUUAACCCCAAGCUGUUGGGGUCGGCUACUUUGAAUCUUGUCUUUA